CAUAGCUUGCAGCAUGCGGUGCAGUCAUGGCAGGCAAGGGUAAGACAGUUGUGCGGACGCUGGAGGAUUUGACGCUUGAUUCUGGUUAUGGUGGAGCCGCGGACUCGGUCAGGUCGUCCAGCGUGUCGCUGUGCUGCUCCGACACGCAUCUCUCCUACUCGCAUGGGGGCAACUGCUGGCAUCUGACGGAAUCCAUGCACAGCCGACAGAACAGCCUGGACACGGUGAACACCGUGCUGGCGGAGGACGCCGAGGUCUUGGAGUGCUCGGGCCAGUGCGCCAAGCUCCCCGAGCUCGAGGAGGUGCCGUGGAGCCUCGGGGAGGUGGAGGCUGCGCUCCGGAGGGACCCGGAGCUGACGGCGGCGACGGGGAGCCCGUCCCAGGAAGUGCUGGCCAAGCUGUCGGCUCUCGUCGGCCGGGCGCUAGUGCGGGUGGCCCGCGAGGCGCAGCGGCUCAGCCUGCGCUACGCCAAGUGCACCAAACACGAGAUCCAGAGCGCCGUCCGGGCGGUGCUGUCGUGGACCGUCUCGGUCAACUGCAUCACGGCGGCCCUCGGCGCGCUGUCGCUGUACAACAUGAGCACCGGCGACCGGUUCAGCCGGGGCAAGUCGGCGCGCUGCGGACUGGUGCUCUCCGUGGGGCGGGUCUUCAGGUGGAUGGUGGACAGCCGCCUGGCGCUCAGGGUGCACGAGCACGCCGCCAUCUACCUCACGGCGUGCGUGGAGAGCCUGUUCAGGGAGGUGUUCGGCCGCGUGCAGCGCAACGGGGUGCCCGCGCUGACGCCGGAGUCGCUGGAGCAAGCCGUCAACAACGACUCGGAGAUCUGGGGUCUGCUGCAGCCCUACCAGCACCUCAUAUGUGGCAAGAACGCAAGCGGUGUACUCAGCCUGCCGGAGAGUCUGAACCUGCACUGCGACCAGCAGCGCUCGACGAGGGGCGGUGAGGGUCCUGGCUUCACGCAGGCCGAGCUGCGAACACUGGAACAAUCUCUACUGGCCACCCGGGUGGGCAGCAUCGCUGAGCUGAGUGAUUUGGUAUCCAGGGCUAUGCACCUUCUCCAGCCGCUGCACAUGAAGAACCCUGGUAAUGGGACGCCGGUGCACCAGAAAGGAGGCAGCUCGGUUCAUUGGGAGCCUGAGGCCCUUUACACCCUCUGCUACUUCAUGCACUGCCCACAGAUGGAGUGGGAGAACCCGAAUGUGGAGCCCUCCAAAGUCAAUCUCCAGACUGAGAGGCCGUUCAUGGUGCUGCCUCCGCUGAUGGAGUGGAUCCGGGUGGCGGUGGCCCACACGGAGCACCGGCGCAGCUUCUCCGUGGACAGCGAUGAUGUGAGACAAGCCGCCCGCUUGCUCCUACCUGGGGUGGACUGUGAGCCACGGCAACUUAAGGCAGAUGAUUGUUUCUGUGCUACCAGAAAGCUCGACGCGGCCUCGACCGAGGCCAAGUUCCUGCAGGAUCUGGGCUUCAGGAUGCUCAACUGCGGACGGACAGACCUGGUCAAACAGGCUGUCAACCUGCUGGGUCCUGAUGGGAUAAACAGCAUGAGCGAGCAGGGGAUGACGCCUCUCAUGUACGCCUGUGUGCGCGGGGACGAGGCCAUGGUCCAGAUGCUGCUGGACGCUGGAGCUGACAUCAACAGCGAGGUGCCAAGUACAGUAAACAAGCACCCCUCAGUUUAUCCUGAAACGCGCCAGGGGACACCUCUCACUUUCGCCGUGUUACACGGACACGUCCCUGUCGUGCAGUUGCUGCUGGACAACAGAGCGAACGUGGAGGGUGCCCUGCAGGAUGGGGCGGAGAACUACACGGAGACCCCGUUACAGCUGGCUGCCGCCGCAGGUGUUCCCUGGACCCUGCACACCUGGCUGGAGUCCCUGCGCACCAGCUUCAUCCAGCAUCGCCGGCCCCUGAUUCAGGGUCUGCUCAAAGACUUCAGCUGUAUCCAGGAGGACGAGUACACAGAGGAGCUCAUCACGCACGGCCUGCCGCUCAUGUUUCAGAUCCUCCAAGCCUGCAAGAACGAGGUGAUCAGCCAGCAUCUUUCGGUCAUCUUCACCCAGUGCUACGGGCCGUUCCCUAUCCCGAAGCUGACGGAGAUCAAGAAAAAACAGAACUCGCGCCUUGAUCCUCACUUCCUCAACAACAAGGAGAUGUCUGAUGUCACCUUCCUGGUGGAGGGGAAGCCCUUUUAUGCACACAAAGUUCUGCUGUUUACUGCUUCGGCAAGGUUCAAGUCGCUGCUCCAAAACCGACCGGCGGCAGAGAACACCUGUAUUGAGAUCAGCCACGUUAAGUACAACAUAUUCCAUUUGGUCAUGCAGUACCUAUAUUACGGCGGCACGGAGUCCUUACACAUACGCAACACUGAAAUCAUGGAGCUCCUGUCUGCAGCUAAGUUCUUCCAACUAGAGGCCCUUCAGCGACACUGUGAGAUCAUCUGCUCCAAGAACAUCAGCACGGAGACCUGCGUCGACUAUUACAAACACGCCAAGUUCCUCGGCGCCACAGAGCUUACCGCUUUCAUUGAGGGCUAUUUCUUGAAGAACAUGGUGCUGCUGAUUGAACUUGAAGGUUUCAAGCAGCUGCUGUUUGAACCGCCGCCCGCCGAAAGCCCCGCGUCCAGCCCUGGCAUCUGCACUGACAUCCUCCACGACCUGGAGAAGACGCUAGCCACCCGCAUCCACUCCAUCCACCUCUCCACCUCCAAGGGCUCUGUCGUGUGA